AGCCCUGCCCAGCUCCCAGUUUGCUGACCUGCGUCCGCUUUCGCUUUCUGCCUCGCAGCCAUCGGGAUGGAGGUGAGAGGACAGCCGUGACGCGCGCCCGCGCGGCCCCCUGCGUCCCCAGCAGCCCACAGCGCUCCCUGCCCCCCUCCCCCUGAGGCAGCGGGCCUUGCCGUCGAGUGACAGCGGCCUGGGCGGGCGGGGGGGGGGGGGGGGGGGGGGGGCAGCCGUGCCAGCGAUGCCGGCGGGCAUGACGAAGCAUGGCUCCCGCUCCACCAGCUCGCUGCCGCCCGAGCCCAUGGAGAUCGUGCGCAGCAAGGCGUGCUCGCGGCGCGUCCGCCUCAACGUCGGGGGGCUGGCGCACGAGGUGCUGUGGCGCACCCUGGACCGCCUGCCUCGCACGCGGCUGGGCAAGCUCCGCGACUGCAACACGCACGACUCACUGCUCGAGGUGUGCGACGACUACAGCCUCGACGACAACGAGUACUUCUUCGACCGCCACCCGGGCGCCUUCACCUCCAUCCUCAACUUCUACCGCACUGGGCGGCUGCACAUGAUGGAGGAGAUGUGCGCGCUCAGCUUCAGCCAGGAGCUCGACUACUGGGGCAUCGAUGAGAUCUACCUGGAGUCCUGCUGCCAGGCCCGCUACCACCAGAAGAAGGAGCAGAUGAACGAGGAGCUCAAGCGGGAGGCCGAGACCCUCCGCGAGCGCGAGGGCGAGGAAUUCGAUAACACGUGCUGCGCGGAGAAGCGGAAGAAGCUCUGGGACCUCCUGGAGAAGCCCAACUCCUCCGUGGCUGCCAAGAUCCUUGCCAUCAUUUCCAUCAUGUUCAUUGUCCUCUCCACCAUCGCCCUGUCACUCAACACGCUGCCUGAGCUGCAGAGCCUCGAUGAGUUUGGCCAGACCACGGACAAUCCCCAGCUGGCCCACGUGGAGGCCGUGUGCAUCGCGUGGUUCACCAUGGAGUACCUGCUGCGGUUCCUCUCCUCCCCCAAGAAGUGGAAGUUCUUCAAAGGCCCACUCAACGCCAUCGACUUACUGGCCAUCCUGCCAUACUACGUCACCAUCUUCCUCACCGAGUCCAACAAGAGUGUACUGCAGUUCCAGAACGUCCGCCGCGUGGUCCAGAUCUUCCGCAUCAUGCGGAUCCUCCGCAUCCUCAAGCUCGCGCGCCACUCCACUGGCCUCCAGUCCCUGGGCUUCACGCUGCGGAGGAGCUACAACGAGCUGGGUUUGCUCAUCCUCUUCCUCGCCAUGGGCAUCAUGAUCUUCUCCAGCCUUGUUUUCUUUGCCGAGAAGGAUGAGGAUGACACCAAGUUCAAAAGCAUCCCGGCCUCUUUCUGGUGGGCCACCAUCACCAUGACAACUGUUGGAUAUGGAGACAUCUACCCCAAAACCCUUCUGGGAAAAAUUGUAGGGGGGCUCUGCUGCAUUGCAGGGGUCCUGGUGAUUGCUCUUCCCAUCCCCAUCAUUGUCAAUAACUUCUCUGAGUUCUACAAAGAGCAGAAGAGGCAGGAGAAAGCAAUCAAGAGGAGAGAGGCUCUGGAGAGAGCCAAGAGGAAUGGCAGCAUCGUAUCCAUGAACAUGAAGGAUGCUUUCGCCCGGAGCAUUGAGAUGAUGGACAUUGUGGUUGAGAAAAAUGGGGAUAACAUGAAUAAGAAGGAGAAAGUGCAAGAUAACCACUUGUCUCCCAACAAAUGGAAAUGGACAAAGAGGACACUUUCAGAAACCAGCUCAAGUAAGUCCUUUGAAACUAAGGAGCAGGGAUCCCCUGAGAAAGCCAGAUCAUCCUCUAGCCCGCAGCACCUGAAUGUCCAGCAGUUGGAAGACAUGUACAAUAAGAUGGCCAAGGCCCAGUCCCAGCCCAUCCUCAAUACCAAGGAGUCAGCCACACAAAGCAAACCAAAGGAGGAACUUGAAAUGGAGAGCAUCCCCAGCCCCAUAGCGCCUCUGCCCACUCGCACGGAAGGAGUAAUCGACAUGCGAAGUAUGUCGAGCAUUGAUAGCUUCAUCAGCUGUGCCACGGACUUCCAGGAAGCCACCAGAUUCUCCCACAGCCCUUUGGCAUCACUCGCUAGCAAGACUGGAGGCAGCAUGGCCCCAGAGAUGGGCUGGCAGGGAGCUCUGGGUGCCAGUGGUGGCAGGUUUGCAGAGGCCAAUCCCACCCCUGAUGGCAGCCAUCGCUCUAGUUUCUUCAUUGAGAGCCCUAAGAGUUCCAUGAAGACCAACCCCUUGAAGCUCCGAGCACUUAAGGUCAACUUUAUGGAGGGUGAUCCUAGUCCUCUCCUGCCUGUUCUGGAGAGGUAUGACCCUCUUAGGAGCCGGGGAGGUGCCGCGGCUGCUGUCACUGGGCUGGAGUGUGCCACGCUCUUGGACAAGUCUGUACUGAGCCCGGAAUCCUCUGUCUACACCACAGCAAGUGCUAGGACACCCCCCCGGUCACCUGAGAAGCACGCAGCAAUAGCAUUCAAUUUCGAGGCAGGGAUCCACCAGUACAUUGACGCAGACACAGAUGACGAGGGGCAGCUGCUUUACAGUGUGGACUCCAGCCCUCCCAAAAGCCUCCAUGGGAGCACCAGUCCCAAGUUCGGUGUUGGGACACGACCAGAGAAGAACCACUUUGAAAGCUCCCCCCUCCCAACCUCCCCUAAGUUCUUAAGGCAGAACUGUAUUUACUCCACAGAAGCAUUGACUGGAAAAGGCCCCAGUGGCCAGGACAAGUGUAAGCUGGAGAACCACAUCUCCCCCGACGUCCGUGUGUUGCCAGGGGGAGGAGCCCAUGGAAGUUCUCGGGACCCGAGCAUCUGAACUACCCUGCCAUGGAGGAGAGACUAGUGGGCUGUUCAGCUUACCUGCCACAGAGCUUUUCUGCAUAAACUGUGAAACAGAAAGGCCCUUCAAAGCCCCCCAAAGGAAGAGAGACUCCAGAGAAGGUUCCCCAAGACCUUGAGAGCCAUGACCGGCCCAUCACCGUAAAGCCGGCCAAGCCAUAGGGUAAAGUGCAUCCUUCUAACGACUCUGUUGCUCUCUCUGGGAGGUCACACGGGUGGAGCUCCCAGCUGUCACCACCGUUAUUCUAGACAUAAUCAAGGUCACCCACUCCCAUUCUUCUUCCACGGCUUUCCAUCACAGCUUUUGAGGGCAACAGUCCCAUCCCUUCCGGCUUCAGCUGGAGGAGGAUUCUGGAACAAGUUGCUGGUGUUGAAAGAGUGGGUUGACCUAUUGAAUACUGGGUGUUGCCCGACCACCUCUAGAAACACCUCUCCAUCACCUCCUGGAUGGACCCCACUGUUAGAAGGCUACAGGGAAUACUCGUGUCACGGGGAAGUCUCUGCGCCAUAAGCCACGAUCCCAGCGCUAAACCCUUACUCCAAUGUCUUCAUCGACUUCAGUAUUCUGUAGUACCUGAGAUUUUAUUUUGAGAUAGCAUCAGGGUGAGUUGCACCACUUGUACUCAAUUCUAAUUGCCCCCGGCCAUCUGGGAGGGGUUCCAAAGGCGGGCACUCAGCCAACAGUCUGAACUCGGAGUAUUGCUUUAGGGUUGUAGAAGGAAAACUCUCCCUAUACAUCACUAGUGUAGACUCAAAA